GCCAGUUAUUACAACGAAAUAUUCCUCAAUUUAUUGUUAUUAGAAUCUCAUAUUAUAUAAUCAUCUCAAUGAAAGAUCAUACAAAAACAUAAAUACAUAAUAUAUAAUGAAUAUGAUCAACACUUGACGCCUGACCCUCGUAGACACACUUUCGAGUAAACAUAUUGUUCGCGCUGCUGACUGACCCUCGUAUAACGUAUUUCUGCUGGUAGCCGCAUGAUUUACGACCGCUCGCAAAAAAAGCGGCAUAUUUUACCCACAUCAAAGGAGUUACCAGACUUAUUAGAAUAUCUAUGGACGAUGACGAAAGUAUGUAACACGGAAAACAUGCAGAUGUCAAAUCUGACAUUCAAAAGUAAAGUGUUGUAAUGCCAAAACGUGGAUAUCUCCAUCUUUUUUUAGUUGUUGGGAUGUCUAAUUACAAGUACGCUUUACGCAUCAAAAGUAGUUCAUCCAUUGACGAAAUAGGAUUAUCAUUAUCAUUGUUCAAAACGAAAUUAUUGUUGUUUAUUGGUGUUGAAACUGUACCAUUUAAAAAUAGAUUUUGAAAAUACAUCUGCUUUUACCAAACCUCUCAGGAUAUGGCUUCUUUUGAAUGUGGAAGGCAAAUCAAGGGGGAGAUCCAAUCUGUUGAUGAUGAAAUUCUUUUUCAAAAAUAUGACAUGAAAUCUGAACCAAGAGAUGCUGAAAUGUUCAGUGAAUGUGAAAGAAAUGGCGAUGCCUCUGAUACUAACAUGCCCACCAACGAUUUGGAGGAAAACGAUGAAUUGAAAGUAAAUAUGCCUAUAGAUAAAUUUGAUCCAAAAGAAAUCAAAAUUGAAGAAACUUGUUUUAUUCCUUAUGUGGAUCCCAAAUCUGAAAAGUAUGAGAAUGCAAUAAUGGAAGGUUCAAAUUUGAAAGAAUAUGAAGGACAAUUAUUUAGCCAUGAUAAUUGGUCCAGUAAUAGCUGGCAAAGUCAUAAUGAGUCUCAUGCCAUACUACUUGAAAAUGUGGCUGAUGAUUUGAAACCUGUUGGUUUUACCACAGAUUCUGGAAACAUCUCUGUUGAAACAAAGGAAGAAACUAUCUUCGAGAAGAAGGAAGAGAUUUUCAAUGAAAAUCUUCCAUCAGGUCCAGAUGGAAUGGAGUUUGCUGUUGAAAAUGAUCACGUAAAGCAUAGGAUUUUACCAGCAACAUUUAAUGAACAAUACAAUUCUACAAACUGUUUGAAUUUAAAAACCAGUGAAAAACCUCAUAGCGGAGAAAAAACAUUUCGGUGUAAAAUAUGCUCAAAAUCAUUUGCUGAUGCUGAUGCUUUAAAAUACCAUGAAAAAAUGCAUUCUGGAAAAAAACCGUUUCAGUGUCAAAUAUGCUCAAAAUCGUUCAGUCGAUGUGCUUAUUUGAAAUGCCAUAAAAAUAUUCAUACUGGAAAAAAUCUCUUUCAGUGUGAAAUAUGCUCUAAGUCAUUCGUUCAAAAAAUUAAUUUAAAAAAUCAUGAAAAGAUUCAUGCCGACAAAUCAUUUGAAAAAAUUCAUUCAGGCGAAAAAUCUUACAAGUGUAAAGUCUGCUCAAAAUCAUUCAUGCAAGGCAGUUCUUUGAAAUACCAUGAAAAAAUUCAUACAGGGGAAAAACCCUUUCAGUGUAGAAUAUGUUCAAAGUCAUUCAUACAAACUAGUGAUUUGAUUAAACAUGAAAGAACUCAUUCUGGGGAUAAGCCGUUUCAGUGUAAAUUUUGCUCAAAAUCUUUCAGUCGAAGUGUUUAUUUGAAAUACCACGAAAAUAUUCAUACUGAAAAUAAACUCUUUCGGUGUGAAAUAUGUUCAAAGUCAUUCGUUCUAGAAACUAAUUUGAAAAAUCAUGAAAAAAUUCAUACCGACAGAAAACCAUUUGAGUGUGAAAUCUGCUUUAAGUCAUUCUUUCAAAGUCGUAAUUUGAAAAUCCAUGAAAAGCUUCAUACUGGCGAAAAAUCUUACAAGUGUAAAGUCUGCUCGAAAUCAUUCAUUCAGAGCAGUUCUUUAAAAUACCAUGAAAAAACUCAUACUGGGGAAAAACCCUUUCAGUGUACAAUAUGCUCAAAGACAUUCAUUCAAAAUAGUAGUUUAAUUAGACAUGAAAGAACUCAUUCUGGGGAAAAGCCGUUUCAGUGUAAAUUUUGCUCAAAGUCGUUCACUGGAAGUGUUUAUUUGAAAUACCAUGAAAAUAUUCAUACUGGAAAAAAACUCUUUCAGUGUGAAAUAUGCUCAAAGUCAUUCAUUCGAAAAACUAAUUUGAAAAAUCAUGAAAAAAUUCAUACCGACAGAAAAUCAUUUGAGUGUGAAAUUACAAAGUAAUUUGAAACUCCAUGAAAAAAUUCAUACUGGCGAAAAAUCUUUCAAGUGUAAAGUCUGCUCAAAAUCAUUCAUUCAAAGCAGUUCUUUGAAAUACUAUGAAAAAACUCAUACUGGGGAAAAAACCUUUCAGUGUAGAACUUGCUCAAAAUCAUUUAUUCACCAAAAAAGUUUGAUAAGCCAUGAAAAAAUUCACAAUGGCAAAAAAAACAUUUUAUUGUAAAAUAUGUUCAAUGUCAUUUAUUCGAAAUAGUGAAUUGAUUAAACAUGAAAGAACUCGUUCUGAGUUAAAGCCA